CUGGAUUUACGUCAAAAAUAUAUAAUAUCGUUUGCACGUUAUUGAAUGGCAAUUCCUCUAUGUCUAAAUUGGUACCCAUUCUUCUUUACUCACUAAUAAUGGGGGUGAGCUCAUUCAUUUCGGGCCUGAUUCCAUUAUCAGUUAAUUUUUCCGCUAGCGGUCUUCAUCUGGUUUCCGUGUUCAGUGUGGGCCUACUAAUCUCAACUGCAUUCGUUCUUAUCAUUCCCGAAGGACUGGAGCAUUACACCGUUCAUGAGCCGAUCGGUUUAUGGCUCCUAACCGGUUUUAUCGUGUUAUUCAGUAUCAAUUCCAUUACUUCCAUAAUCAACUCCAACACGAACGUUCCGUCGCAAUUCGAACAAUCCUUUCAGCUAUCGCAUUUAAAUGAUGAAUUCAUACGACCAUUGUCGCCUCCAGAGUCUGCACAGGCUCAGUCACAACUGGAACGACCAUUUGUUGCUUCAAAACGAGAGAAAAAUAUGCUUUUAGCACCUUUCAAAAACCCAAGGACUUUAGGACUUAUCAUUCAUGCUCUAACAGACGGUAUAGCUUUGGCAUCCUCCAUAAUGUCAGAUUCAGACGAGUCUGUGGACUUUACCUCUGUGUUUGUGGUUUUUGCAAUCUUUGUCCAUAAACUACCUACUUGCUUCGCUCUAUCCUCUCUGUUGCUUGCUAGUGGAACAUCCCACAAAGAGAUCCUCUACCAUGUUGGAGUUUUCUCAUCAUCAUCGCCUAUCGGUGCAAUUUUGACUUACUUGAUGGUGGCGUUCGUUAUCAAUAGCAACUUUAAUGAGGCUGCUGGCGAGCUUCUGAUCUUCAGUGGAGGAGCUUUUCUGUUUGUUGGUUUCCAUGCUCUUCACGAGACCCUGGAUCAUAACCAGAGUUCAAAAGAUAGAAUUUCGCAAUUUAAGGGGCUUGGUCUGUGCUUACUGGGAAUGAUUAUACCUGCAUUUAUUGCACUCGUUAGAGACGAGGCAUAAACCAUGUCGCGCUUCUUUAUAAAAUAGAACAAUUAGUAUACAGUUCAUCCUAUGCAAAACUUACUUGCGCUUGAGAACUUUGCGGUUCAGCCACUUAUCCUUUUUCGACUUGAUGUUAUUUGUUGGUACGCUCAAGAGACCCCUGUUCUUAUUGAGAACCUGAACUCGCACAGGGCCCUUCCUCAUCACUUUCUUACUCAUUCCACGAGCCUCCUUGAGCUUAACUGCCAAGAUCUCCUUUCGAGUAGUAGCUGGUUCCUCAUCAUUGAAGACAGUUUUUUUAGGCUUUUCGAGUUCCUCCUCUGCGUCGUAAUUCUGUAACAGGUCUUGAGGAAGAAAUUUUGGGGUUUCCUCGGGUUUCUCAGCCCUCUUUCUGCGUUGUUCCGCUUGUUGCCGAUUUCGUUCCUCAAUUUGCUUUCGUUUCUCUUUCUUUUGUCUUUCGAUAUCUCGAAGCGCAGCACGCUCAGCCUCAAGUUUAGCUAUCACGUUUUCUUUUCCCGUAAGUAAAGAUUCCUCUUCAGGUGCUUCAUCGCUGUCUUCUUCGACAUUAUUAGCAUUUAUGUCUUCGGGUAAAGUCUGUUUGACUGCUUCAUAUACAUUGUCAUCUAACUUCUUGUGGCUCCUCAAA